GAAGAAAGAGUGGGGGGAAGAAAGAGAGGGAAAGGGGGUAACCAGCAUUAAUGCCACUGUGAAGUUUUUUAUUUUUAUUCUUUAUAUAUAUUUUGAAUGUAACACUAAUUUCUGGGUUCGUGUCCUUUGUCUACUGCACAUCUAAGACUCAUUUUGGACAAGACGACGCUUAGACUUGCCUCUUUUGGGGACAUUAGAAAGUUUUUUUGAUAAUAACAUCAAACAGAUGGCUGUGACACAGGCUGCUCUGCCUUCGUUUUCAAACUUCUGCAACACCUCCGAAAACAUGAAGGCUUGGAAGUUUGAAAAAGGCUUUUUGGAUCCAGACUUCAAGGAUUUAGACCAAAGCACCUGCAGCAACAAACCUUCUGGGUUUCUGUCAGCUCAACACCAUGAUGACAGUGAGGGAUGCUGGGAUAUGGAGUUCCUGUUGUCAGAUUGGGGUGAAGCAUCACCUGAACGGACCAACUCUCAAAAUUACACUUCCCAACACCCGCUGAUGCAAGACCAGGUUUACUGUCCUGAUCUUUACCUGGAGGACCAGUCAAGUUCAAAUAGACACCAAGUGUCCAUUUCAAGUUCGCUGGCUGAGCUGCUUCCUCAUGAAGCAACUUUAAGUUGCUCAUUGCCUGAUCUCUUUGAUGGAGGAUAUUUGGAGCAGCAAAAGCAAACAGCAAAAGCAUUCUCUCAACCAGAAAACCACCAGUUCAGUAGUUUCCCUAUUGUUCAUGAAAUCAACAGAGAAAAUGAGAGAAACAGCAAUGGCAAGAUGAAGUCAUGGGAUUUUGGACAUUAUCCUCAGCCUGCACCUUUGAUACCCUUUCCCGACUCAAAAUUUAUCCAGACGUCUGGGAUCACCAUGGAGGCACUGCUCUUUCCUCCACAACAUCACUAUAACUUAAUCCAAAACUACACACACCCCAAACUCUACCAACCACAAGUGAGCUACACACACAGGCAGCCGGCCAGUCACUAUCCGCCCACAAAAAGCAUGGUGCCCGACUCCACAGUGCCUCCUGCAGGUCUGGAGGGGAAGCGCAUGAGGAGAGGGGUGUUGAAGAGGAAAGCCACGGUUCACAGUUGUGAAUACCCAGGCUGCCAUAAGAAUUACACCAAGAGCUCUCAUCUCAAAGCACACCUCCGAACACACACAGGGGAAAAGCCGUACCACUGCACGUGGGAAGGUUGUGGGUGGAAGUUCGCCCGUUCGGAUGAGUUGACGAGACACUUCCGAAAACACACGGGACAGAAGCCAUACGAGUGUAUGCUCUGCCACAGAGCCUUCAGCCGAUCCGACCACCUGGCAUUACACAUGAAGAGACAUGUGUGAGGCCAAACACAAACAAAACACAUCAACCAAAUGCAUCCAUUGAGGUUAGUCCAGGAGAGCAUUUCAGUGGUUUUGUGAGGACCUGUGUUCAGCAGGUGAGAUGCUUGAAUUGUAUAUACAUAAAGCACUAUUACAUAAACAUACAACUGACAUGUACAUACUGUACAUUAUAUGAUAAAGGGGAGGAGUUGGUGUUUUUUUUUAUUUUUAUGAAAUCAUAAUCAUAAGUAGGUAUCAUGCUGAAAUCAAGAGCUCCAAAUUUGUAGUUACUUGCCAUUAAACAUCAGACUUAUUUCCAAUCUGGACCCUUUAUCUAAACUGUAUGAAUUGGAAAACGGUAAAGAACUAAUUGAAUCCCAGCCAUCGAAAAUGGAUUACUGUGAAAAAAAAAACAAAAAAAAAACAUUGAUAAAACAUUUUCAGAAAGAAACGUAGGGAAACUCUCUCAUUGCUGUAAUAUAAGAAAAUUCCCUCAUGGAUAUUAAUUGGAAUUCGCUCAUGUUCAUAAAGAUGCAGAAAUAUAUGCUUAAGUUUAAAGUGUAAUUUUUACAGAAAAUGCCAAAACAAAUAAUAAGCUGUUCAGGUCAGCGGAUGAAUAUUGUUAUCAUUGUGUUUUUGAUCUGAUUUCGUAUUUAUGUCUAUAGUCUUUAUUGUGUGGGAGUUCAUAAAUGUUACCAAAAGUCAUAAAAAUCUUCAUGUUUAAUUGUAAUAUUGCUAUUUAUAUAACAAGAUACCAUCAUAAUAAAAAACAAUGCUAUGCUAAUUUAUACUAAUGUUUUUACUUAUUCACUAAUAAAGCAACUGCAAUUCAGUCAUUUCUGUCAAUCUCCUUUCCAACCAACAGAUGGCAAACUAACACACAACACAGUGUCUGUACAUCUACUGCUCCAAUGCACGGGAUAAACCUGAAUCAUUAAUCAUAAAGCUGUUGUUUUUAUUGUUAUUAUCAACAUACGUCAUUUUGGGCCUUUGGAGAAAUGUCUAGAUGUAUUAACACUUUUCAAAUUACAUAUAAAUGCUUAAGCAAAAAGGAAUAAAACUGACAAAACAUCCACAAAAAGCCCCACAGUUAACACAAGAUGUAUUGGCCAUUAAGGCUCUAGUCGGUUUACAGGGGUUAAACCUAUUUUGAGGGAUACAACUGAGAUUAAGUCUGGGAUUAGCCUGGGUUUUGUUUUGAGCGUCAGACACACGUCACACAUCCACUGAUGCAAUCACUCUAAGGGGGCAUCUGAGGACACAAUCCAUUGUUGUUCUGGUUAGUAGUAAUACAAUUGUUUGAGACACAAAGCAGAAGGAAGCUGGAAUGAAGCAGACUGUUACCACAUAUCAAUCAAGCAUAUAGACAACUUUCCCCUCCAGAACACAUAAAUAAAAACAUGUUGUUGUAAUUAACUGCACUUUUGGGGCAAAUUAAUUCCAAGAAGUUUACUGAAUCUGAUCAAAUCUUCUUUUCAGGACAUCUAAGGAAAUUCUCAAUCCCAUGAUGCAGUCAUGUGAAAAAGACCGUAUACACUCUUUGAAUUCUAUGGUUUUAUGAAUCAGGACGUAAUGAAAAACAUCAUCGGGUCUUAAGAGGGUCUUAAAAUUAGGUAAACACUGUAAGGGUGAUGAUUUUGGCUUGUUUUGCAGCCAUGGGACUUGAGCAACUUGCAGUCAUCGAGUCGACUAUGAACUUCUCUGUAUUCCUAGAUAUCCUGCACAGUCAGAUGUGAGGCUAUUUGUCCGACAGCUAAAGCUUGUCUGAAAUCGGGUCAUGUAACAGGACAAUGAUCUCAAGCACACCAGCAAAUCUACAACAGAACAUGUGAAAAAGAAAAGACUCAAGGUGUUGCAAUGGCCCAGUCAAAGUCCAGACCUCAACCCGACUGACCUUAAAGGGUUACUCCACCCCAAAAUGAAAAUUUUGUCAUUAAUCACUUGCCCCCAUAUCGUUCCAAACCUAUAAAACCUCUGUUCUUCUUCGGAACACAAUUUAAGAUAUUUUGGAUAAAAACCUGGAGGCUUGAGACUGUCCCAUAGACUGCCAAGUAAAUAACAGUGUCAAGGUCGUAGGGGGUAGGUGAUUAAUGACAAAUUGUUUUAUUUUAGGGUGGAGUAUCCAUUUAAGAGAGAAGAGAGUGGUGCAUAAAUAAAAGUCUGAAAACGUACAUAAACUGAAGCCAUGUUGUAAAGAAAAGCGGGCCAACAGUCCUCC